AUGUCGAUGCCCAGCUGUUGGCAAAUGACCCGCAUCUCCAGCAUCCGUCAACAUCGCGUCUUACACAGAACUGCCCCUAGUGUUUGCCACAAUACCAGCUCAAAAUACACUGCGAGAGAGGACGACGACAUGCGUGGAGGAGAAUACCUGAAGCUGGCGUGUAUUCCCAGUGGACGAGAGUGAAUCCUUUUUAAAUUGGAUUUUUGUGUGUCCUUAAGGUCGUGCUGCAGCACAGCAACAGAAGCUUUGCGUUAACCGGCGCGCGCGUCUUGGCAGCGGAAGAGGACAGUGGCAAAUUUCCAUUGACAGUAUCACUAAAGAACCACUGCUUGGGAUGGACUUCACCAGCACUGCCAUGCAGAUAUUAGCCAUGUGAAAGAUCUGGCCAAUCAAAAUGGGGAUGGCUGAGAGGUUGUGUGUGGCGGUGAGCAGCUGAGGUUGGCUGUGAUCUGGGUCUUCUCUUCUGGCUGAGAGCAUGUACAGGAGGAAUGGACUCCCUGCCAGCGUCAGCAUCACCUCUCGCAACACACAGGACAGCAGUAGUUCAGAGUCCCUGGAUGGACGGAGCUUGGACUCUGCAAAGAGCUUUGACGCGGUGGUGUUUGACAUGCUCAAAGUGACACCUGAGGAGUUUGCUAGUCAGAUCACUUUGAUGGAUGCUCCUGUGUUCAAAGCGAUCCAGCCUGAGGAGUUGGCGAGCUGUGGAUGGAACAAGAAGGAGAAGCACAGCCUGUCACCCAAUGUUGUGGCCUUUACAAGGAGGUUCAACCAGGUCAGUUUCUGGGCAGUGAGGGAGAUAUUGACAGCUCAGACCCUGAAAAUACGAGCUGAGAUAUUGGGCCACUUCAUAAAAAUUGCCAAGAAACUACUGGAGCUGAAUAACCUGCACUCCUUGGUGUCAGUGGUCUCAGCCCUUCAGAGUGCUCCCAUCUUCAGACUCAGCAAAACCUGGGCGUUGAUCAGUCGGAAGGACAAGGCCACCUUUGAGAAGCUUGACUUCCUGACGUCAAAGGAAGAGAAUUACAACCGCAUGAGAGAGUACACCCGCUCGCUCAAAAUGGCCCCCUGCAUCCCCUACCUUGGAAUUUACCUGUUUGACAUGACCUACAUUGACUCCGCCUACCCUGCUUCUGACAGCAUCAUCGAGACAGAGCAAAGAACCAAUCAGAUGAACAAUCUACUCCGCAUCAUUUCCGAUCUACAGGUGUCCUGUAAAUAUGAUCAUUUAAUCACGCUGCCCCACGUGCAGAAGUAUCUGAUGUCUGUGCGCUACAUCGAGGAGCUCCAGAAGUUUGUGGAGGAUGACAAUUACUCGCUGUCAUUGAAGAUUGAACCUGGGAACAGCUCACCACGUCUGGUAUCUUCCAAAGAAGAUCUCGGAGGUCCCUCAGAAGUGUCCAUGUCAGUGAGAUAUAACAGGAGGCCGACCUGUCCAGAUACAUCAGUGGUUGCCCACCUCCCAACACCACCUCCUGCUCGACACAGGAAGAGCCACAGCCUAGGAAAUAAUAUGAUGUGUCAGUUUGGUGUUGUGGAGAGUAAAAGUGCAACAUUUCCUGAAAAGGAAAAGGCUCGACACCUACUGGAUGACAGCUUCUUAGAGUCUCACAGUCCUGUCAGAAACCAUACACAUGAUUCAGUAUUCACCAACGGCAUAUCACUGGGCAGUAGAGAGAGCUCUUUUAGUGAUGAAUUAUCAAGUACUGUUGAGAGAGGCCGAAUGUAUGCAACACUUGGCCCAAAUUGGCGUGUCCCAAUAUGUAACUCUCCUAGAAGUAGAAGCUACAUUUAUAGCACCCCUGGGGCUGUAUCCAGCUAUGAAUGCAGUACUCUCAGCAGUAUAACCAUUGAAGGGCCACUGCGGAGAAAGACACUAAUGAAGGAGGGUAAAAAACCCACUCUGUCAUCCUGGAAGCGCUAUUGGAUUGUCCUGUCUGGCUCCAUUCUCAUCUAUUUUGGUUCCAAAGCUCUAAGAGCAAAUGAACGAAGACAUUAUAAAUCUAGGCCGUGUAAAAAGAUAACGCUCACAGGCUGGAUGGUGGUGCUGCCAGACAACCCUGAACAUCCAAACAUUUUCCAGCUCACUGAUCCUGAUAGAGGUAAUGUUUACAAGUUCCAGACUGGGUCACGUUUCUCUGCGAUUAUCUGGCACAGACACCUAGCCGAGGCUUGCAGGAGUACAAGGCCGCAGAUGCCAGCAAACCUCAUGUCCUUUGAAUAAAUGUUUUUGGGGAAGUGGGACAUAAAUAAAAGGAACAAACCUACUGCAGAAAGACAUUGCAGAAGAGCUUCUGAGAAGAAAAGGACAUGUUAAAACUGAAGGACCUGACGUAGUUGGAAAUGAGGCAGCUGUAUCUGUUGAAAAAGUCUGAUUCAUUCAGAUCUUGUAGACACGGCUGUACUGAGAAAAGUGUUUUCUGUCUUGACUUCGGAGGUAACACUUUACAAUAAGGUUUAAUUUGUUGACAUUAGUUAAUGCAGUAUGUAACAGGAACUAGCAAAACAAUAAUUGUAUAGCAUUCAUUAGGUUAAUGUUUAUAUUUAAAUAGGCUGAAAUUCUCUACUAAAUUUUGUUAAUUCAUAAUCCAUUAAUCAAUGGUAAAUAAUGCCUAAAUUUUAACUUAAAGGGACAGUUCAUGCCGAGGAUUUAGGGCAGCUUCCUCUGCUUUAGAAGAUUAUCAAAGAUUAUUACUGUGGCUAAUGCUGUGUUUCUUGGUGGAACAUAAAAAGCAAGUCAGAAGCUACUGGCACUUUGAGAGCCAAAAAAAAAAAAAAA